CCUGUCUGUAUUGCUCAGUGUGAUCGAAGGCCCCAAGUCUGAGAGGCGGAACACACAAUGCAAAAGAAUGCCCGGGUCGGGGACAGCCAGAGGGACAACGUGUCAGAUGAUUCGUCAGACUCUCCAGAGUCGGGGCCAAUGUCCUGUAUGGAGCCCUUCCUGGUCCGGAGGCUGUCAUGUCGCACUGUCCAGCUGCCUCCUCUGGCCUUCAGGCAGGCUGAGCAGUACUACUACAACCACAAACCUGAACCAGACACUAUCACAGUCCCACCGCGACCGACCACACUGCCCCUACGCACCCCUCCACUUAUCGCCAUCACCUCAGCCGACACCAGCAGGUGA